CGGGUCCGUGAGGCGCGCGCCCGCGUGGUCGCCGCCCCUCGGAAGCCUCCGGGGCCGCACACGGGUUCGCUACGGAGGGAGGCGGGGGCCUGCGGGAGGAGGCGGAGGAGGAGCGAGGGAAGAUGGCGGCCGUGGAGCUCGAGUGGAUCCCCGAGACGCUCUACAACACCGCCAUCUCCGCUGUCGUGGACAACUACAUCCGCUCGCGUCGCGACAUCCGCUCCUUGCCGGAGAAUAUCCAGUUCGACGUUUACUACAAGCUUUACCAGCAGGGACGCUUAUGUCAACUGGGCAGUGAAUUCUGUGAAUUGGAAGUUUUUGCUAAAGUUUUGAGAGCUUUGGACAAAAGACAUUUGCUUCAUCAUUGUUUUCAGGCUUUGAUGGAUCAUGGUGUUAAAGUUGCUUCUGUCCUGGCCUAUUCAUUCAGUAGACGGUGCUCCUACAUAGCAGAAUCAGAUGCUGCAGUAAAGGAGAAGGCCAUCCAGGUUGGCUUUGUUUUAGGUGGCUUCCUCUCCGACGCUGGCUGGUACAGUGAUGCUGAGAAGGUCUUCCUGUCCUGUCUUCAGUUGUGUACUCUACAUGAUGAGAUGCUUCACUGGUUUCGAGCAGUGGAGUGUUGUGUGAGGUUGCUUCAUGUGCGAAAUGGAAAUUGCAAAUAUCAUUUAGGUGAAGAAACAUUUAAGUUAGCUCAGACAUACAUGGAUAAGUUAUCAAAACAUGGCCAGCAAGCAAACAGAGCUGCUCUCUAUGGAGAACUAUGUGCGCUCCUGUUUGCAAAAAGCCACUAUGAUGAGGCAUAUAAGUGGUGCGUGGAGGCGAUGAAGGAGGUCACAGCAGGCUUACCGGUCAAAGUGGUGGUGGAUGUCUUAAGGCAAGCUUCGAAGGCGUGUGUAGUAAAACGUGAAUUUAAGAAGGCAGAACAGUUAAUUAAACAUGCAGUGUAUUUGGCACGAGAUCAUUUUGGAUCCAAACACCCAAAAUACUCUGACACACUGCUAGAUUAUGGGUUCUACUUACUCAAUGUAGACAAUAUCUGUCAGUCUGUUGCAAUUUAUCAGGCAGCCCUCGACAUUCGACAGUCAGUGUUUGGAGGCAAAAAUAUUCAUGUAGCAACAGCUCAUGAAGAUCUGGCUUACUCUUCCUACGUUCACCAGUACAGCUCUGGGAAAUUUGACAAUGCACUAUUUCAUGCAGAAAGAGCCAUUGGUAUCAUUACCCACAUCCUACCUGAAGAUCAUCUUCUAUUGGCUUCUUCAAAGAGGGUGAAAGCACUUAUUUUGGAGGAGAUUGCGAUCGACUGUCACAACAAGGAGACAGAACAGCGGCUGCUUCAAGAAGCACAUGACUUGCACCUGUCCUCACUCCAGCUGGCCAAGAAAGCCUUCGGAGAGUUUAACGUACAGACCGCAAAACACUACGGCAACCUUGGGAGACUCUAUCAGUCAAUGAGAAAAUUUAAGGAAGCUGAAGAAAUGCACAUAAAAGCCAUUCAGAUUAAAGAGCAGCUUCUUGGUCAAGAAGAUUAUGAAGUAGCCCUUUCGGUGGGACAUCUGGCAUCUUUAUAUAAUUAUGACAUGAAUCAAUAUGAAAAUGCUGAGAAAUUAUAUUUGCGAUCUAUAGCAAUUGGGAAGAAACUGUUUGGUGAAGGCUACAGUGGACUAGAGUAUGAUUACCGAGGCCUCAUUAAACUUUACAACUCCAUUGGAAAUUAUGAAAAAGUAUUUGAGUAUCACAAUGUUCUGUCUAACUGGAACCGAUUGCGAGAUCGACAGUAUUCAGUAACCGAUGCCCUUGAAGACGUCAACAACAGCCCCCAGUCCACCGAAGAAGUGGUGCAGUCCUUCCUCAUGUCUCAGAAUGCUGAGGGACCACGCUGCUGAGGGACAGCCUCAGCUAACAAUUACCUUUCCCCGGAUUCCGGGGAAUUCAUACUGUGAAAUCAAAUCCAUGUUGUUUUGGGGCUGGUAUUUGCAUUGAAACACUGGUCCAGUCCAUGAAGACCCUCUUUCGGGUAGCCCUGUAUUGCAGUUCCUGUAGAAUAAGCAUAUAUUGAGUUAUAUCAGCAUGUGCCGCGUGUAUAAGUAGUCCCACAUUCUCACCCCAUUAGAACAACAGGAAACCUUUUCCCCCCUUUUUAAAAAAUAAUUCUUUUUUCAGAAAGCCUGAAAGAAAAAAAAAGAACCCCUAAAUAAAACUAUUUAAGAGUUUAAAAGAGUUGCAUUCUUCUUAUGUAAGGAUGAUUUUAACAACUUUUUAACAUUCUUCCAUGUGGAGGUAUUCGAUACUGUAUUGUAAAGAAAUUUUAUGGAAGACUCUUUAUAUGCAGUAUAGAAAAGUAACACAGGUACUAAUUAAUAAAAAGGAGGGCAUCCUGAUGUAGAUUUGGCCAUCUUUCCCAGAUCAGUGCAUACAGCCAUUCCAGAGCUGUAUCAGGGAAGGACUGUCAGAUUCAUCUGACUGGACCAGUGUUGAUCUGUCAGUCAUAACACCAGGUGGACCAGCAGCAGCUCAACUCUUACUCUUGGUUUCUGGUACAGCAGUGAGAUGCUCUAACAGUGUUUGCGAACAUAACAGGACCAGAAGGACCUAAAAGGACCAGCACCUGUGGAAGGUGGUGAUUUGGACCAGGGGCUUUAGAUGAUUAUUUAGUCACUGCACUUGCCUUUUCCAGUAGGAUAAUUUCAUUUAGAUAGAAUGCAAAGUAUUAAUACAAGAGUUUUAUUUGUAUCAUAGAUACCAAACUAUGGGAUUUGGGCAAUGUCAGUGGCAAGUCUUUAGUCAAGGUACAUAGAAGCAAGUUCUGUAACUAUCGCUGCAGCCACCCUCAUUUUAAUCUUUGCCCUCAUACUCCAUGUUGCUAACAAACAUACUGGCUGAGAGUCGUGAAAUGAUUCAUGUUCAGAUGAGAAUUUUAGGUUUACUCUGUGGGGAUUAAGAAGAUUGAAUGCACAAGUCUUAGAAAAUCUUCAUUUUUAUGGGAAAUAAUAGUACAACUAGUCAUUUUAACUGAAACCCAGGAGUCGGGUGGAAAGAUCCAACUAUAAUGUCUGAUUUUCUAAUUUUUUAAAACUAGCCAGGUUAUUGAAUGUGGAGCUAAUACUCAAUUCCUAAGUUGUGUGACAAUGUAACAAGAAGAAACAAAAAGAUCUUUUGCCGUUACCUCAAUUCUUAGUACAGAGGCCUAUCUGGUGCCUGUGUAGUUAAGAAUCUGGGUGUCUCCCCUAUUCUCAGGGGUUCCUGACUUGGGCGUUAGAUGCAUUGCUCCUGGCGAUGCUUGGAGUGGUCUGUAGGUUGAGUGGAUGUGUGUCAAGCUCUGUUCUUUAGCAUGCUUGUUGGGGAAAACAAUUAUCAUGUAGAGUACAGAAACAUUAGAGACUACAGAAGUUAUCUUUUGUUAAACUUUCCAAUUUUAGUUUUUUUUGAAACUGUUGUUUGCAGUCUUAGUGAUAAGCCAGUGUGUUUAGGUCCUUAGAAAGGAACUUACUGGGGAAGGACCCAAGUAGAUGAGGCAAGCUCACACCCGAAGAUAACAGCUUUGGGUCCAGAGACUUGAAUUUAUUUAUUCCUCUAACUGAAUUUCUUUAUAAAUUCUUCAAAGAAUAAAUCAGUAUGUUAGCAGUUUAUGCAGCUGGCCCCCUCCCAGUUAAUUGCAGUCUUAGUCCAGUGGCACCCUUUAUAACCAAGUAGUCUGUGUGACCAGGAGGAGCAUUUCUAAGUUACUGAACUCCAGCUGCACGGGCCUAUAUAUUUAAUAUCUCCAAAGAUAUUUUCAAGAUAGGCUUUGUAUACUUUUAUUGGCUUUUUAGAGCCCUGUGGUAUGUUUGUGGUAUAGGAAUGUCGUGCUAAAUUGUUUUUCAAUAAAUAUUUUGAAACUUAA